AUGAGCGAGAAUCAGGAGAAGGAGGCACCACCAAGCACAGUGCCAUCUUGCACAUCUGUAGGUGCCGGCAGUAAUAAUGACGACGAUGCCCUGUUAUUCCGCAAGAUUGUGGAAAUGCGCCUUGGUCCUAAUGGUAGUGGUAGUGUAGUAGUAGACAGGUCACCGGAUGCUCUUUCAGCAGGUGGAGAAGAUUUGGAGAAGGGCCAUUGUUCCUCGCCAACUCGGCAGCAGCAAGAAGAUAUCUCUUUGAGCAACGACGAUGACUUGAAUCUUUUGGAUGUUGUUGCUGCA